GACAGGGACUCACCCCUCUCCCCGGAUUCGAACCGCUGAUUCGAACCAUCAGUCCUGCCGGCACGAGGGUUAACUCAUUGCGCCACUGGGGGCUCCUCUGAAGAAUGCUGAGAAGCGACAGUUGGAAAAAGGCGGGAAGACAGCAAAGAGGGUGUGGGAUCAGGAAUGGCCGGGGCAGAAGGAGGAAUUCGUAGAAAAACUAUGGAGGGAAAUGAUCCCGAUCCCUGGGACUUCUCAUCAAAAAUGGAGGAGAUACUGUCACUUGUGAAACAAAUGCAGAAUGUCAAGAAUUUGGAACCAAGAAUUGAAGACCUAGUAAAAAAGAUCAAUAAAUUGCAGCAAGCCAAGAAGAUAUUAAGUGAGGAGCUAUCCGAGGCAAAUGAGCAUAGCAAGUCAUUGCAGAGGGAACUGGAAAAAUUAAAUGCUGAAAAGUCAUCCCUUGAGGAAAUAUGGAAUGAGAAGAAAGAGACCCGAAAAGUCAUGCAAUUUCACUGUGAAGAGACAGAGAUCAAAAGGCAGUGGCAACAGAAAUUGAACCUAGAGUGUAAGCAGCGGAUUGAGGCAGUCACAGCCAAGAUCCAGGCAGAGAAACGGAAGCAAAGCAAACAGAGAAUGGAAUUUGAGCAGCUUCUUGAGGAGUUAAUGGAGAAGCACAAGAGGCUUUGGGAACUUUAUUCUAGGGAUCAACCAGUGGCUGACAUGAAAGACAGUAAGGAACGUUUGCUGAAGGAAGAGAAAAUGCUCCAGGAGAAACUGGCCAGUAUUCAAGACGAACUGGAUUUGCUGACCCAGACUACCUUACGUGAGGAGAGGAACUUCUUGAAGAGCAAGGAGGCUGUAGCUGCCCUAGAGCUCUUUGAAGAAGAAAACAAGAAAGCAAUAGAUUAUCUAGAACUGGCAUCUAAAUGCAACUCGACUUUACAGCAGAAAUGCAGCAGAUUAAAAGCAGAACUGGAGGACAUGCAGAUGGAAAUGGAGAAUGUCAGCAUUGAGGAGAAUUAACAUGAUUCAUGUGAGCCGGAGAAGCCUUGCUUUGAAGAAAAUUCCUCAUCCCAAUGGAACACUUCAUUUCAACCCUAACAAAGCAUCUGUAAAAAAAAUCCGGUUCAUUCUCCAGUUAAUAGUAAUUUAAUAUAUUCAUUCAUAUCUUAGCAUUUGUUGUGUCAAAGACUUUACCAUAAUACUCUAUUAAAAUGAACUACUGAUCCAAGA